AUGUCUUCGAGUCAGACGCUGGUGGCGAUCGGCGGCAACCCGUCAUCGGGAGUGCCAUCCGUGCAGUCCUCGCAACCCGUGGAUCACGAGAAGAUCUAUCAGUGGAUAAUCGAGUUGUCUUCGGCGGACACGCGAGAGAACGCUCUGUUGGAGUUGUCGAAGAAGAGGGAAGUGGUGCCGGAUUUGGCGACAAUGUUGUGGCACUCGUUUGGUGCGAUCGCAGCCCUCCUGCAGGAGAUCAUCACAGUCUACCCCACAAUAAACCCGCCGACUCUGACCGCCCAUCAGUCCAACCGAGUGUGCAAUGCGUUGGCGCUCUUGCAGUGCGUGGCAUCACAUCAAGAGACCAGAACAGCCUUCCUCUCGGCAAACAUACCACUCUUUCUCUACCCAUUCCUUCACACCACCUCCACAUCCAAGACCCGCCCCUUCGAGUACUUACGGCUCACGAGUCUUGGAGUGAUCGGCGCUCUCGUCAAGACCGACGAGCAGCAAGUGAUCAACUUCUUGCUCACCACCGAAAUCAUACCGCUUUGUCUAAGGAUUAUGGAGAGUGGCUCUGAAUUGUCCAAAACUGUGGCCACUUUUAUACUGCAGAAGAUCCUGUUGGACGAGACGGGCCUCUCUUACAUCUGCCAGACGUACGACCGCUUCUCACACGUGGCUAUGAUUUUGGGGAAAAUGGUUCUCUCCUUAGCUAAGGAACAAUCGGCGCGACUCUUAAAACACGUCAUCCGAUGCUAUCUUCGCCUCUCGGAUAACCCGCGCGCCAGAGAAGCCCUCCGACAGUGUCUUCCCGAUCAGCUCAAAGACAACACUUUCGCCAAUUGUCUCAAAGACGAUAAGUCCACUCGUAAUUGGUUGACACAACUGCUUAAGAAUCUGGAACAGAGUCCCGGAGGUCUUACACCACAACCGCAACAAUAA